UUGACACCCUUGAAACCAUAUUCGUUUCGUUGAUCCAAGCAAUCUAUACUUUUCCGUUCCAUCUAAUGUCAUUCAAUACAACUACUAUCGGAGUUCUUGCGAGCCCCGGAAGCGUAUUCUCAUAAGCUCGCCCCGCGAAAAACGAUCCCGACAUUGACCUAUGGGCAGUUCUAUAGCGCUGUUUCUAGCCGUCCUACUACAUGCCGGUCUCAAAAUUCUUGUUUUUAUGGAUCCGCCAGCGAAAGAGGAGAGCUGUUGUACGGUGGGCCCGAAUCUAAGAAGUGUCCUGUUUCUCAGUUCUGUCGUGAUGUAUCUCAGCAAAACGAAAAUCUUCCCGGUGCGUUACCGGCGGGUUCCACUCAGUGCGCAAGCCGUGGCUGAGUUUUUCAUUUUUCUUUUGGUCAUUGAGAUAGCCAUGGUGAUCGUGUGGUGUCGAAUCGAAGCCCUGUUGUUUCGAUUAUUCCAGUGUCUCGCAUCCCGUAAAUACCCGGUACUGUACGCUGAUAUGGGAGGUGAUAGUCUGGUGGAGUUUCUCAUAACGCUGUGCAGCAUGGUGACAUUUGUUUUCACAGCCAUCGGAACAGGAUAUGUGAGCUGGGGUGCGCAGGUGUAUGAUAAAGCCCUAGGAAAGUUGAGUGAGGUAAUUACCCGGGCACGUCCACAACAAGCGGCAGUGUGUCCGGCACAUCUUUGUUCUACGAUGGAAUUGGAAACGGACGAUAGUCAGCGAAUUCCACGACGUUCGACCAGGAGAAUGCAGCAUCGUGAGUUCUACGAUAGUAGCUAUGAAAGACGUCCGCGAAGACGAAGAUCUUCAUCUAGAGCACGAUGAAGUACGUGAUCCAUUAUAUAUUUUAGACGUACUUAACAAAAUCAUGGUAUUCAAUAUACGACUGUUUUAAAAAAGCUGUUGUACCGACAUGAGCUCGUUUCUGUUUUGAGAUCCAAAAGUUGACCGUGUACUUCACGGGAUAUGAAUCUGUUUCCAU